AUGUCUGACACAGUGUUAAGACAGCUUUGGCUGGACAAACUUCACGUGAACACCAUCCAAAUUUUGGCUUCCCUCCCAGACGAAAUUGAAAUACAAAAACUAGCUGAAAUAGCUGAUAAAAUAGCUGAUGACCAGCCAGCUAGUCCUGUGUAUGCUGCGACCCAGAGACAGCCAGUAGCAUCGGUGGUUGACGCAGACGACAUGCGUAAACUCAGUGACAGGUUAGCACAACUGUCAAUUCAGGUUCGGGAUAUUCAGAAGUCUAUGCAACAGCAGAAAUGCAACUUCACUAAUCGAACUCCUCCUGAAUUACGACGACGUAGACACAGAUCGUUGUCACGAAAUAGGGAAAACUAUCAGGACAACGUAUGUUGUUAUCAUGCUAACUUUUGGCCUGCACAUAAAUGCCGUAAACCUUGCAGGUUUAGCGCAAUUUAUUUGGCAGAAGAUCGACACAGCAAGCGGGAAACGACGUUCCCGGCAGCAAGUGAAGACGGCGUUCGCUACCGGGAAAAAAAUAUUAACCGUCUUUUUAUGUUAAGGACGCCAAUUCUGGUUACCUAUUCUUGGUUGACACGGGCGCACAGGUUAGUGUGA